AUGCCUACAUCAAACAGAGCGAAGAAACAACUUGUCAGGGCUGUGAGAACAGGACACUUUAACUCUAAGGUCAUGGCUAUCACCAGCGCAGCCAGCGAACCCACCAUAUCCUUUGGCCCGGAAGAUGCCAGACCGUUAAUGUACCCCCAUGAUGACGCCUUAGUCUUCUCAACAGACGUGGCUGGAUGCCUGGUCUACCGAGUUUUUGUGGACUCAGGCAGCGCGGUGAACAUUGUGUACUGGAACUGCUGGAAGGCCCUUGGCUCGGAUGUCAAUGUUGAACCAACGAAUGCACCACUCUAUGGAUUCUCAGGAGAAUCAGUAGUACCAAUCGGAAUGGUAGAACUGCCAGUUACCUUGGGACGAUCGCAGGGUUAUAAAACCAGAACAAUCAGAUUUUUGAUCAUAGACGCUCUGAAACCUACGUACAACAUCAUCUUGGGGCGGCCCGCGCUUAACACCUUCAAGGCAGUAGUUUCCACAUUCUACCUCAAAAUGAAGUUUCCGAUAGACGGUGGAAGAAUUGGGGAGAAUGAUAGUGUUGGAGACGAUCCCAACACCCGAAAGCAGAAACGAAAGCAAGCAAAUGUCCCGGGGGAACCUAAUGAUCAGAGAAAUGAGAAGAUGGGGAUAGUCACCGCGUCAAACCCCGAACGCAGAGAAAUCAUGGAACUCAGAGAUGGAGUUGAUAAACAGCCACUCGUUUCCACGAGUGAUGCAUGCUUGCUCAUUGAACUUUUUCCUGACAGGGAAGGAUACACUACCAGAAUUGGAGCGGGAAUGGCACCAACCCUCCAAAAGGAAGUUACCGCAUGCCUGCGCAGGAACGCGGAUGUAUUCGCAUUCAACACUUCUGAUCUUAAAGGGAUAGACAGAGAGCUAGCCGAACAUCGUCUUAAUGUGGACCCGACGGUUAAACCAGUCAGACAGAAAACAAGACACUUUGGCGCGGAGAAGGAUGCAGCUAUUCGGGAACAGGUCCAAGCCCUCCUAGAGGCAGGACAUAUCGUGGAAAUCCAAUAUCCCGAAUGGAUAUCUAAUGCAGUCAUGGUAGAAAAGAAGGUCAAGGUGUGGAGAAUGUGUGUGGACUACAGAGACCUCAACGCAGCUUGCCCUAAGGACUGUUACCCGCUCCAUCGAAUAGAUCAACUGGUGGAUGCUACUUCAGGGUGUGAACUCUUGUCCAUGAUGGACGCAUACCAAGGAUAUCAUCAGGUAAAGAUGCAUCCAGAUGAUGUAGCCAAAACCGCCUUCGCAGUGUGCACAGGAGUCUUCGGGUGGGAAAGCAUGCCCUUCGGCCUCAAGAAUGCAGGGGCCACAUACCAGCGUAUGAUGGACAAAAUUUUCAGGACGCAGCUGAGGAGAAAUAUCUCGGUAUAUGUCGACGACAUGUUGGUGCGCAGCAUUAAGGCCAGCUCCCACGUGGCCGAUCUGGAGGAAACCUUCUCAGUAGUCCGCAAGAAUAAACUCAUGCUCAAUCCCGCUAAGUGCACCUUCGGGGUGCAGUCAGGAAAGUUCUUGGGUUAUAGGGUAACACCGGAGGGGAUCGAAGUUAACAAUGACAAAGUUAAAGCUAUUCUGAACAUGACCUCACCCAGGAAUGUCAAAGAAAUCCAAACACUCAACGGGCGAAUUACCGCGUUGAGUCGGUUCAUCUCACGCUCAGCUGAGCGAAGUCUCCCGUUCUUCAAGGUUCUACGAAAAGGAAGUCGGUUUGAAUGGAGUAGUGAGUGCCAAAGAGCCUUCGAAGACCUAAAAGCUUACCUGACCAAACUACCAGUGUUGACAAAACCCUCUCCGGGGGAACCAUUAUACUUAUACAUCUCCGUGGGAGUUGAAUCUCUGAGCUCAGUGCUGGUCCGGGAGGAGAAUCGACAACAAAAACCAAUAUACUUCGUAAGCAAGGUCAUCCAGGGUGCAGAGCUACGCUAUACUGAGGUUGAAAAGACCGCGUACACAAUCAUGAUCACGGCCAGAAAGUUGAGGCCAUACUUCUUAUCGCACAAGGUCAUUGUGAGAACAAUAAUACCAUUCAAACAAAUCUUAGGGCGACCGGAUCUAGUGGGGAAGAUGGUGAAAUGGGCCAUAGAGCUCGGAGAGUACGAAGUCGAGUUUGAGCCGCGCACUACCAUUAGAGCGCAGGCACUGGCGGACUUCAUUCAAGAAGCAACAAGGUGGCCUAUGAGGGGACCGUGGACAGCACAGGUUGAUGGGUCGGUCACCAAAGAAGGGUGUGGGGUGGGAAUCUACAUCACCGCGCCCGAAGGAGAAAUCUACCAAUUCGCUAUCAAGUUUGAAGAUAAACUAUCCAAUAACGAAGCCGAAUAUGAAGCAGUGCUAAGGGCAGCCCACAUACUUAGAGAACUCAGAGCCGACAACGCAGUGAUUAAAACUGACUCUCAACUGGUGGCACAACAGUUAACAGGAGGUUACGGGAUAAAAGAAGAGAGAAUGAAACACUACUUUGACAAAGUCCAAGAGAUUGGGAAAAAGUUUGAGAAAUUUGAAAUACAACAAGUGCCGAGAGAAGAAAACCAACGAGCAGACCUCCUGGCCAGAGUAGCCAGUGCAGUCGAACAAACGUGGAGCGAGGACAUUACCUUGGUGUUCGAACCCAAGAGAGCGGUGGUGGCACAGGUAUACAACAUUGAAACCAAGGACGAUUGGAGAACACCCAUCAUAUACUAUUUGAAAAAUGGCAAACGAAUGGAGGAGGAUACCUCACGGUAUGCCAAAUACGAGAAUUACUGCCUCAUUGACGAUCAGCUAUACAAGAGGUCUUUCACCCAUCCAUUUUUGAAAUGCCUGGCCCCAGAGGAGGCACGGUUUGCUUUAAAAGAGAUCCACCAAGGGUGCUGCGGUAAUCACGGUGGACACAGGGAUUUGACAAGGAAGAUAAUCAGAGCAGGAUUCUACUGGCCCGGAAUCAGCAAAGAAUCGAAAGCCUUCGUGCAAAAAUGUGAAGCUUGUCAGAGACACGCUCCCAAAAUCAACAUACCUGGGGAGGAAAUGGGGAUCAUGCAUGCUGCGCAUCCUUUCGACAAAUGGGGAAUCGACAUUGUGGGUAAAUUACCAACUGCUCCGGGAGGCAAGUGCUUCCUCAUAGUUGCCGUAGACUACUUCUCCAAGUGGAUCGAGGCGGAAGCUGUCACCAAAAUCGAUGAUAACACAGUGGAAAAGUUCAUAUGGAAGAACAUCUGUUGUCGGUAUGGGGUGCCAAGGAUUUUGGUCUCAGACAACGGAACCCAGUUCACGAGCAAGAAGAUCGAAGAUUUUUGUUCGCGGAUGGACAUCACACAGAAAUUUGUGUUAGUCGCCCACCCUCAAGCCAAUGGACAGGUAGAAUUGGCAAAUCGCACCAUAUGCGAAGGGAUCAAGAAGAGACUCGAACGAAGCAAGGGACGAUGGGUUGAGGAAUUAGAUACAGUGUUAUGGGCACUUAGAACCAGUCCGAAAACCGCAACCGGAGAGGCUCCUUUCACUUUGGUAUACGGGUCGAACGCUGUGGUACCUGCCGAGGUAAGGCUGGAAUCUCAUCGGGUUACUACCUAUGACACUGCACAGAAUGAGGAACUGCGCCGACUGGACUUGGAUCUGAUUGAGCUACAUAGAGAGGAAGCACAGGUGAGGGCGGCAAAAUACAAAAGUAUCAUCAAAGCUGGUUACGACAAGAAGGUAAAGCUGCGCAGACUUGGGAAAGGAGACUUGGUACUCAAGCGGGCAGACGCAUUGAAGCCUGUAGGAAAAUUUGAAGCUAACUGGGAAGGUCCUUUUGUUAUCACGGAGGUCCUGGGGGGAGGAGCUUAUCAUCUAGCAGAUCAAGGAGGGCGGCCCUUAACCAGGCCAUGGAACAUAAAUAACCUUAAGAAAUUUUACGUGUAA